AAUUCCCAAUGACAAUUAAGAAAUGCAAAAAACGACCAAUUACAAUGCUCCAUUCGACAGCCAAAAAAUGUCAGGAAAAAACAUCAUGGCUGCCCCCGCCUUCCAAUUAACGCACACGUGGGUGAACGUCAACAUCAUAACCAACAUAACCUCUCUCCUCAGUUGAUAGACAUGGACAGCAUGAAUAUUGCUCAAAGAUGACAACAAAUAAUAGAAAUAACAUGGAGCAACAAAAGUGGACAGAUUUGCAAGUUAAACUGAGUGAUCCUAUCCUAACAACACUCAAGGAACUGAAAUUCAUCUCUCCAACGCCAAUUCAAGCAGCAUGUAUCCCCAUUUUACUGAACGGAAAAGAUGUUGCUGCAGAAGCAGUGACUGGAAGUGGCAAGACUCUUGCCUUCGUUGUCACCUUAUUAGAGCUUUUACAGAGGAGAGAAGAAGCAUGGAAGAAAAUUGAAAUUGGAGGGAUUAUCAUAUCUCCAACCAGAGAACUGGCCACGCAGAUCAGCGAAGUUUUAGAAAAAUUUCUGGAAAAAACAAAAUUAAAGCAGGUGCUUUUGGUCGGUGGUACUACUCUAAAGGAAGACAUAACGAGGUUAAAGAAGGGAGUUAAUGUCAUCGUAGCAACGCCUGGAAGACUGGACGAUGUACUCACCAAUUGUAAAGAUGUCAAUCUAGUUGGGAGCGUUAAAUCACUGGAAUUUCUGGUUUUAGAUGAAGCAGAUCGACUUCUAGACCUCGGCUUCUCCACAACCCUAAACUCAAUAUUCAGUUACUUACCAAGAUUGAGAAGAACCGGCUUAUUCUCAGCCACCCAAACGAAGGAAGUCCAGCAGUUGAUACGAGCUGGUUUGAGAAAUCCAACUCUCGUAUCCAUCAAAGAGAAAUCAAGUGUCUCAACUCCUCUAUUACUCAGCAACUACUACACAAUCGUCAAUGCCGAGGGAAAGAUAGCAUCACUCAUUCAUUUCAUAAACUCCAAAGGCACAAAUCUGAAGUACAUGAUCUUUUUCUCAACAUGUGCAUGCGUUGAUUAUUUCAGUCACGUCGUGGACGCGAUGUUGCCUUCAGCUAAAGUUCUGGCACUUCAUGGAAAAAUGAAGGGAAAACGGCACAAGAUAUUCGAUGAAUUUCGUCAGAUAGAUAGCGGUAUUCUAGUUUGUACGGAUGUAAUGGCACGUGGAAUUGAUAUACCAGAGGUCGACUGGGUUCUCCAGUAUGAUCCACCAGCAACAGCCAGCAGCUUUGUUCAUCGUUGUGGAAGAACUGCUCGCAUCGGUCACGAAGGCAAUGCUCUGCUAUUUCUUCUACAGACUGAGGACGCAUACAUUGAUUUUAUCAAACGAAAUCAAAAGGUCGAAAUGGGAGAAAUUAUCGUCAAAGUCGAUGAAAAUUUCGUCGAGAAGUGCCUGAAAUGCAUGAGAAAUAUGCAGACAAAGGAUCGUCUCCUGUUUGAUAAAGCAAAUCGUGCAUUCGUAUCGUACAUUCAAUCUUACAACAAACACGAGUGCAAUUUGAUUUUACGAUUGAAAGAUCUACAUUUGGGAAGUGUUGCCAUGUCUUUUGGACUUCUCCAUUUACCAAAAAUGCCGGAGUUGAAGGGGCGCGAUGUUACGGAUUUUCAGGAUGCCGAUGUAGACAUUAAUAAGAUAGCUUACAAAGAUAAGCAGCGGGAGCAAAAACGCAUUGAAAAACUCAAUAUUUAUCUUGAUACUGGAAUCUGGCCGAGCAAGGAUAAACGCAGGGGAAAACAGACUGAGCCUUGGUCUGAGGCGAAGAAGAAAAAACUCGAGAGGCAGGAGAAAAAAGGUAAAAAAAGGGAGAAGAGAAAUAAAAGAAUUGAGGCUGGUAAUGCAAAACCUGUUAAGAAAAAGAGAAAAGCUACGGAGGAGGAUAUCGAGGAGCUUGCGAGGGACAUAGCCUUGAUAAAAAAAUUUAAGAAGAAGAAGAUAUCACAGGAGGAGUUUGAUGCACAGUUUGGGGUGUAAGAUAGUUUUUCUCUAUUUUGUUAUUACAUGAAAAUUAUUUUUUGUAAUUUUUUAAAACAAUCGAAUAAAACGCGCGCGUAGAUAAUUAGAUCGCGUUAGAGUAAUUGACCGAUUUGUUUAUAUAAUUAUGGCAGUUAAUUAUAUUUCGCAUCUCGAUCUCGAUGAUUACAUGUGGAUGUUUUUAUUUGUAAGAAUUCUAGUUGAAAUCAUCAUAUUAUCGUGUAAUUAAUACAAAGUAGAUAAUAUAUUAAUAAUCUCAUUCAAGUGUAA